AUGAGCAAUCGAAAAAAGGUUCUUGACCUGUAUCGGCAAAUCCUGAAGCUUGGAAAGAACUGGAAAGCGAAGGACGAGAGUCGAACAGCGUUAGAGCGACAGGAAAUAUUAGCAGAGGCUCGUUCAAAAUUCCGCGAAUUCCAAAAGGAAACUGAUCAAAUUGCUAUCGGGAAACUGAUUUAUCGCGCAGAGCAGCGAAUUGUUCAGGCGGAACAUUAUGGAAUCCCAUAUGAGAGACCCGAAUACCUUCCUCCUGAAACCGCUUAUAAUGUCCAUAGCGUCAAACAAAACUUCCAGCGAAUGUCAAGAAAACGAAAAACUGAAUGA